CUGCGUCGCGCCUUUGCUCUGAGCGGACGUGUGACUCGCUAUUGAUAUUUAAUCUUUGGGAAGUGAAUUUAUAAAUGUUCUUUCAAUAUAUCCUGUUUUCUCGGACCCUCCUUGUCUUUCGUGAGAUUAGUUCCGUAUGAGCCGGCGGCCAUAUUGCCCUGUGUCGGACGUCCCGCUCUUAUGGAGUUGGUUUUGUGUGUGAACUUAGCUGUGAAGUGUUAGUGACGAUGUUAAUUGUGCAAGUUGCUAUUUGGUGAACAAUAAUACUUUUUGUAUUUCUGUGGGAUUUGAACCCGGGUUCGCUGCGUCCCAGCCGCGCGUGUUACCGCUGAGCCACGGAUCGUUGAGCGUUCUCGGUCGAAUCUACCGGACACCUCUAGCGACGUUAACAGUGUUUACACUGUUCUUGCUUUUAAACUUUAUUGCAUAAGUCAUAUAGCUCAUUUUAAAAUGUUUUGCAGUGGAUGCAAUACAAAUGUCGAGACGAAUGAAUCAUUACAAUGCACGGGCUGCAGCAAAUACUACUGCUUGAAAUGCUUAGAUGUAUCCCCAUUGCAAUUGCAAUCAGAAGAAUAUAUUGCCAAAGUUGCUAAAGCAUGGCUUUGCUCAUUCUGCACUUCAUUGACUAAUCGACGACGAAGAAACGACGGCACGCCGGUCACGGGUGUAAACACCAAGCUGUUGUCGGGCCGGGGCUCCGUGUCCGGGGCCGAGGUCACGCUAGACGACUCUGUUAUGUCUUGGGACGGCACAUUAGACGAUUCAAAGUUACCUAACAACGCACACGGCACGAAUGAGUUGCAAGAAGAGUCGCUGACCACUCCUCCUAACACGUUCCAGUCCUUACAUAAUACUCCCUUUCAGUCUGAUCAGCACGCAAAGUUAUUAAAUAGUAUCCUGCUUAAAGUAUCCGCGCUGCAAACACAAUUUUCGGCCAUCCAAGCAAUCCAAGCAGACAUGAACCAGGUUAAAUCUGAUGUGGCGGAUAUGAAAAACAGCCUUGAUUCAAGACUGCAGGAAAUGUCAAGUCGAAUUGAUAGUAUUGAGUCUAGAGUCACCGGACUAGAGAACUGUAAAGCCGAAGUAGAUGAGUUAAAAAACAGCGUAAAAAAUAUAGUAGCAGAAAUGCGUACUAAUGAACAGUGGGUAAGGAGGUCCAACAUCCAGAUUAACGGAGUGCCUGAAGCCAGAGGCGAAAAUCUUUACUCAAUUUUAAACUCGCUUGCAGGGUUAAGUGGUUACCCUCUUAAUGUCGCGACAGACAUCGACUUUGUGACCCGCGUGGCUGUGAAAAACGAUACGGAUAGUAGGAAACCAAAGCCGAUCAUUGUUAAACUGCAAGCACGCUACAAAAAAGAUGAUUUUAUCUCUUCUUUACGGAAGCUAAAGAAUUUAAAAGCUAAAGAUCUCGGAUUUACCAACAACGACUCUCGCAUAUACGUCAAUGACCACCUGUCCGGAUUCAAUAAAUUCUUGCUUAAACAGGCUCAACUCAGAAAAACUCAAAAACAAUACAAGUAUUGUUGGGUCCGGAAUUGCACGGUGAUGGUGCGGAAGACGGAUAAUUCACCGAUUUUGUACAUUACGACUGAGGAAGCUUUAAACAAGAUUACAUAA